CGUUCAUCAGUCGUACACUUGUCGUCAUUGUGCUCGUGUGUUACUCAUCGCGUUCGUCCCAGGUAGCUCCACGCUAUGCGUCUCUUCUGCUUAAUCGCCCUUCUAGGUCUACAAAUAUCAAAGGCAGCUGAAUGGGGAUUUUCGGACGACAAUGGACCGCAAAACUGGCCGGGAAUAUGUACAACAGGAAAGCGACAAUCGCCAAUCGACAUUGUGACAAAAGAUCUCGUAGAAAGCGAUUUGGAUUCUCUUGACUUCGAUUAUUAUGAUGUCGCAGUUCCUGUCACGAUGAUUAACAAUGGCCACAGCGUACAAAUUGGUGAUUUUAAUAAACUUGACAUGCCAAUUGUCUUGAGAAGAGGUAACCUACCAUCGACGUAUAUUCUCGAGCAGAUGCACUUUCACUGGGACGCCGAGCAUACGAUAGAUGGUGUACGUGAUCCACUGGAACUGCAUAUAGUGCAUUAUAACGAAGAAUUCGGAAACUUUACCAACGCUGCUGAACACAAAAACGGACUUGUUGUUAUUGGUAUCUUGUUUGAGUUGGAUCAUUCUGACAAUCCGGUUUUGAAGCCGAUUUUGGACGCAAUAAAACUAGUAUCGAACUGGGUGGGAAAGAGUGCAGUAUCGAUACAAAAACUGGUAUCUAUUUCAUUACUACCGGAGAAUCGUUCGUCGUAUUACCGUUAUCAGGGAUCCUUAACCACGCCGAAUUGUCAAGAAUCUGUGAUAUGGAUUAUUCUAGCUGACAAAAUUCCGAUAUCGAAAAAACAGUUGAACGUGUUUAAAAACGUGGACGGUCCCGACGGCCCGCUCAAAUCCAAUUUUAGACCCACGCAGAAACUCGGUGACAGAAAUGUAUAUUAUCGUCAAGGAUACAAUGGCGCAUUCUCAUUCACCUCAAACAUAAUGUUUACAAUUCUUAAUAUUUUUCUAAUCAGAUUUUUACACAACUAAUUUUAGUAUGAACUGAAGCCUGUGUUAAAAAUAUUAUUAAAUAAAGACAAAAUUAUGUAUCUUUUUUAA